AUGGCAGCUAAAGCAAUAUUUGGGGCGACAAGUGAACCACGACGUAAGUUAGCGCUUGUAAUUGGCAUUGGCAAUUAUGAACAUGUUUUAAAAUUAAAAAAUCCACAGAACGAUGCGAAAGACUUGUCAUCUGUUUUGCACCGUAUUGGCUUUAUCACUGAUGAAGCACUAUUGGAUAAAACACGUGUUCAGAUAAAACAUAAGCUUGUUGAUUUUGAACACUCAAUACAAUUCAACGAUGUGGUCUUAUUUUAUUUUGCUGGACAUGGGGUACAAUGGGAAGAUCAAACCUACUUGAUACCAAGAGACUUUCCUAAUUUCCCUGAAAUCAUUGAAACAGAUUCAGAAAAGAUAGCUGAUAUUUUACAAACAGAUGCUUCAAAAAAAGAGAGAUCUGACCUUUUGAAAAAGAGUGCUAUCAAUGCACAAGAUAUUCUUAAUACUUUAAGUGAUCAAAAGCCAUAUGUAAUCAUUUUUCUCUUAGACUGCUGUAGAGAAUAUGCCUUACAAAAUUCUGAUUUAGGCACACGUGCUUUAAGUGUAGGCAAUUCUCAAUCAGCUGGCCUAACAGCCGUGCAUAAAGCAGGUGCUCUGAUUGCUUUUGCUUGUGCACCUGGUAAAUUAGUAAAUGAUAGAGCUGAAGAGAAAAAUAGUUUAUUUAUGAAGCAUCUUCUGAAACAUAUUGCAACUCCAAACGAAGAUAUUGUAAACAUAUUACGUGAUGUGACUAAUGGAGUGAUGAAAGAUUCAAAUGAUGAACAGAUUCCAUUUCUGAGUGUUCAAUUACGACACAAGAAUAUCUAUUUGUGUGAGCAAAGUGGAGGUAAGAUUCCUAGAUGAAAGUAAAAUUUGAACUAAAAUUCUGCUGUAUAACUGCUUUUUGUAAAGUAAUGUGGGUAUGGGUGUCUAUCUGGUUUCAGUCCUCACAUACACUCACAUUCACACACUUAAUGUCUGUGGGAAAAAACCUUUUCUUGUUUAAAGUGUGUUACCCAGGUCAAUGACGCUCGGCAGCAAACGGCCGUUCACCAACUAAAUACGUCAAAAAACGGUAACUUUUUACGCUCGUCGUAAACAGCAGCUGUAAACGAUGAUUUACAGCAUAUUACGA